UCCUGGCGACAGCUGCGUCGUCGCGCACGAUCGCGCUCGACCGUUCACUCGUGCAUUUUAGGUUAUGUUGAUCAUCACGAUCUCCAUCGUUGUUCUCAUACCUCUCUGCAAACUAAUGGUUCACAGGAUGUCCAGUUUCAAUUCUUAUCGGAUAAUAAAAUGAGAUUUCUUGUCACUUCAUUUGCUUAUCAGUUACUUUCGUCGGUCGUUUGUUUAUCUGCCUUGGGUAUAUCUGUUUUGGGUUGUCUUAGGUUUGUACUGUCUUUCUGUUUGAUCAUUUUUGCCAGACUGUGAGGAACACUUGUGGCUGCAAAUAUUAAAUAUUUAAUUACUGUUGAUAUUUUGAGCUAUUUAUUUGCAUUAAGAAGAUAAGUAGUUAUGGCCUCAUCAUAAUUAUCACAGGAGAUAAAUAGUCGGAGACAUGGGUACUCCAACACGACCUAGGAGACAGCUGGAUCUGCCAGUAUCGCAGAUGGUACCGCCAAAGAAACAUGAUAUUGAGUUUGAGUCAAAAUUACAAGAAAUCAUGAAGAUGAAUGGCAUCCUGAACAUCAAUGGCCAGAAGUACCAAACGGAGAUGAAGGACUUGGAGCAUUUAGGCGAGCUCGGCAAUGGCACGUGUGGCCAUGUUGUAAAGAUGAGGCAUAAGCCGAGUGGUGUGGUGAUUGCUGUGAAACAGAUGCGACGUUCCGGCAACGCGGAGGAGAACAAGAGGAUAAUCAUGGAUCUUGAUGUUGUACUCAAGUCGCACGACUGUCCUUAUAUUGUACAGUGUCUGGGUUGCUUCAUCACGGAGUCCGACGUGUGGAUCUGCAUGGAACUGAUGGCGACAUGUCUGGACAAAUUGCUGAAGCGCAGCAGGCAGGCGAUACCAGAAGAUUUUUUAGGCAAAGUCACAGUAGCAACAGUAAAGGCGUUGUCGUACCUGAAAGAGAAGCAUGGUGUAAUCCAUAGGGAUGUGAAGCCUAGUAAUAUAUUGCUGGAUGAGUCGGGUGGGGUGAAGCUUUGCGAUUUCGGCAUAUCUGGCAGAUUAGUCGACAGCAAAGCGAAGACGAGAAGCGCAGGAUGCGCCGCGUACAUGGCUCCCGAGAGAAUAGAUCCACCAGAUCCAACCAAGCCAGAUUACGAUAUAAGGGCAGAUGUGUGGAGUCUGGGCAUUACUCUGGUGGAACUAGCUACGGGAGUAUUUCCUUACCGAGACUGCAAGACUGACUUCGAGGUACUGAGCAGGGUAGUACAAGACGAUCCUCCGUCUCUACCGCAGGAGGCACUCUUCUCCGAGGAGUUCAGGAACUUCGUCACCUGUUGCCUCACGAAGAACUACAAGCAUCGGCCAAAGUACCACAAGCUCAUGGAACAUCCGUUCAUACGCAAGUACGACGUUUCGCAAGACGGCGAGACGGACUCCGCCUCGCCGAAUUCCGGCUACCAGUGGUUUGGCAGAGUCAUGCGACAAUUAGAACCAAGUUUCAGGUUGCCGGGAGGGCAGCAGCGAUUCUCGGGUCAUGUGUCUUUGAAGCAGACGGCCCAUUUUCGGGCGCAGUCUGACAUACCUGCCUUCCUGAGGAGCAAUAACGCCAAUGUGACGGCUAAAGAGCCGCCACUGAAUCCUGGUGGCUUCCUGCCGUUUCAUCAGCGUUCCAACAGCGAGAACGGCGCCACUAACUACGUGUCUUACAGUCCAUACGCGUUACGCCGCAAGGAGCUUGCUCGACCGUUCUCGCCGCCGACGACCAAGGACGUGAUCGCGGAAGGACAGCCGCCGCGACCGUUUUCGCCCUACCGACAACUGGAACAGUCUACCCGGGAUUAUUCUGGCAAUAGCUGCUCGACGAAUGGCCAGAGUAGACAGGAGACGACGAGACCGUUCUCUCCGUAUAGACAGCAGGACACUAACUUGAUGGAUGGUAACGGUCGAUCCUACUCGCCCUAUCGUAGCCGCUACGAUGAUCGUGAUACGAGUAAGGAUCGAUGGCAAGGCAUGUCGAGAUCGUUGAGUCCCUUCGCCAGAGACUAUUCUCCCUGGCGGCGAGAGAACGUCGAUCCACCUGGCGUGAUACAGCCGCCACAGCCGUCGUCGUGCGACAGCGGCCGUUAUUCACCAUUUCUGCAGCAACGACUGGCCCAACCUUCGCCGCCCGCACCUCAGACUCAUCCUCCGCAGGACAUUUACGGUAGCCCGAUGAUCAGCCGCAAGAGGUUUCCUUCGGAACCGCCCCCUCAGGGGUCCCACGGCUCCACUAGUCCGCAAUUGCUGAUCUCCCGCUUUGCGCAUCAACUCAAGCAGGAGUCUCCGCCGUCAUCGGUGAUGCCGCCUCAGCAACAGGGUGCCGGCUCCAAGGAGUCCGCGAAGAAGCGUUUUGCAUCUUACGUACGCCUCAGGCUCGGUGGUGAGCGCGCUCCUUCGCCGGAGCCACCGCCGAGAUUGAGUCGCGGCGAGUCACCGCUCGCCCUUAGAAGGAAUUUAAUAGAACAGGCGUCUCCUUCUUGUCCGCGAAGGUACGUUUCGCCUUCUCCCCCUCAACCGCCACCCAGGAGACUGUCGGAGAGUAAUUCCGUGCCCGGUAGCCCGCAGCACGUGCGAGCCCGUCUGCGCUACACUCCCGAACCGCAAAGGAGACCUCCGCCGCCAUAACCCACCGCUACCGUUAAGCCUUAUUCCUUGUUGUUGGUGCCAUACGCGACACGGUACGCCCGUGGUGCAAUCGCGUGCAUCACGUAGUAGCGAGGUGCGUCGCACUCGACGACGACGGUUGCGCACAGAGCGAGUCGCGCGUAUACGG